UCUUCUACCAAAUUUUGUAACCGUCAUAUUUGACGGAGCGGAUCAGUCGGGCGAGCUAAUCUGCAUAAGUACUUUUUUUUUUUUGGUUGACAAUCAUUCCCCAUAAGUACAUCUAACACAACUGUAAAAGCAAAAACAAGAAAUCGGGAAGAAAAACGAGAUGGCUUCGAAUCCCCAGCUCUUGGAAGAUGGAAUGCCCGUUCCAUUUGUAAACGAGAUGUUUGUUUUAGCAAGAGACGGCGUUGAGUUUGCGAUCGAUAAGAUCCCAGGAAGCAACGGAGGCCAUGUGAAAGCUAAGGGAAUAAUUUAUUUGUCGAAUAUACGCAUGGUUUUUGUUGCAAGUAAACCUGCUGGAAAUUUCCGUGCUUUUGAUUUGCCUCUGCUUUAUAUCCAUGGAGAAAAAUUCAACCAACCAAUAUUCCUUUGCAACAAUGUGUCUGGCCUUGUGGAACCAGUAGUCCCACAAAAUGAAAACAGGGCUCUCUACUCCACUCACUCAUUUAAAAUCUUGUUCAAGGAAGGGGGGUGUGGAACCUUCAUUCCGCUUUUCUUUAAUUUGAUCUCAGCAGUGAGGCAAUAUAAUCAACAGUCUACAUCUGCAACGGGGCCUCCGAUUAAUCCCUUACAAGCAUCCCAAACUCCAGUUGAUGAAAUGAUGAGACAUGCAUAUGUUGAUCCUAAUGAUCCAACAAGAAUAUUUCUGCAGCAGCCAACUCCGCAGUCAGAAUUGAGGCGGCGCACAUACCAGUUGUCUCCUGCUGAACGCUCCAUAUGAUGCAUUCUGUUGAAUGAUGUACAUGUCAUACUUUUGAACCAAAUGCAAGCAAAAUGUUAUAUUAUUUGAUUAAACAGUAACUAUAUACUGUAAAGUCCAGUAAUAUGAUUGGAAAGUUGAGUGUGAUCUUUUAUCUUUAAUUUAUACUUGAUCUUGCUGUUUGAUGCGUUA